CGCCAAACACGCACCACACACACCAGCUUUGCUUCUUCUUGCUCUCCCACACACGACGCACUCACUCCGCUCACACUCAUUGUUUCGCUUGCACCUGCCUACCUGCACACCAUUGAUCCAACAAGAACAGCGAACGCAGCAGACAGCGCACUCACCUUCGCAGCAACACCAGUCGAGUCGCAGUCGUUGUUCGCUGUUAACAAACGGUAGCAGCCACCAUUUGUGCUUGUUUACUUGAACUUCUUCGUCCGCUUCCUCUGCUCUGAACCGCGGUUCUUCACCCAUCCGAUACGAUACGAUGGGAUCAAGCGCUUCAACAAUGACGGCUGCUGCUGUGGCGGCGCAAGAGACAGUGGACCGGGCGUCCUCCCACACCACCACACCACAAGCAACAGCAGCAGCAGCAGCAGCUAGAACUGGCGAUCCAGCUGAAGACAUCGUCACGUGUGAUUUGGAUGACAUGACGCAGCCCCUCUCCCAUUACUACAUCUUCACGGCGUGGAACGCUUUUGUGGAUGCAAACGCUGUUAUCAAAGGCACGCCGAGCACGGCUGCGCUACGACGCGUCCUGCAGACCACAAACGCGCGUUGCAUCCACCUCGCUGUCCACGAUCGCCCUCCCGGCUGGCUCUCCUACAUGUCACCGCUCACCUCCAGCGAGCCCGUGGUGUUUCACGUCGCGCACGCCGCCAAGCCCAUCAGCCUUCGCGCCUGCGUGGCCGCGGUUCGGGAAUGCGCCUUCGAGCGCAGCAGCUACCCGCUCCUGCUCCUCAUUGACGACUACAGCUCCUACCGCAGCAUGAAGGCACAGGCACGCGUCCUGGAGGAAGAGCUGGGCGACCUUCUCUUUGUCCCCUCGGGCCCGGCCACCACGCUGCACACGCCGCAGGAACUCAUGCACAAGGUGGUCCUUGUGCACCGCGACAACGGGCUGGGCCGGCGGCGGUACCGCGGCCUGCCGCCCGAGCUGAAGCGCCUCGUCUACCUCGACUUCACCACAUUCAAGAGCUUGUACGGGAGCAGAUUUGCCGCCACCCACGCAGCCACAGAGUUCACGUACAAGCAGCUGGAGAAGCACACGCGCAACGGAGCAUCCAGCAUGAUGGAACAUGCGCACCGCCACCUCGUUCUCGCGCGCCCCGACGACAUUGGCGUUGGCGCACCCCACGCAUCUCCCAUCACCCUCAUGCACCAAGGCGUGCAGCUGGCGGCGUUGCACCUUCCGCACGCAGAUGAGAGCGUGUGGGCAACAACCGGUUACUUCCGCACCCACAAUGGCGGGGCAGGGUACGUGCUCAAGCCAGAGUGCCUGCGAACAGAAGUGAUUCGCUGUGACCUCUUUGGUGGCAGUGACCACGCCCUGCCGGCUGCCGCAGGCACCACUGGCGACACAGAUGCUGUAGCAACAGCUCGAGCAGCGACAGACACUGACAUGACGGAUAAAGCACCACCGCAGCACGUCACCAUCCAGGUGCAGGGCCUGGCCGUAUCAAGACGGCGCGUGCUCAAGCUGCUCGCUCGCCACCGCAAACAGCUGAAGCGCCAGCACCUCACGCUACAGCGUCAUGGCACUCUCCACCACGACAGACACAGCAACCACCACCACCACCACCACCACCACCACCACCACAAGCACCACAGUGAGCAGCAGCACAGCCACGAUAAACAGGCAGGCAAAGCCACCUUCGAUCGACAUUACCUGCGACCAUAUGUGCCAGUGCCAGCGACGUUCUUGCCGCCGCCACACGCCGCGCUGUUGACACGAAACGGACAAUGGAAGCACGCAACCUCAAAGUCUGAGCGUGAAGGCGGGCAUCAUGAACAGCAACAGCAGCAGCAGCACUACCAACAGCAGCAGCAGCAGCAGCAGCAGCAGCAGCGUCAAGGGGAAGGACAGCAGGACGACGGCAGCGGAGAACAUGACGCGCAUGUGUCAAAGCAUGCGCGAGGGGUCGAAGUUGCUGUGGAAGCUGUUGUGAUGGGCGCACCCUGUGAUCAAGCACGAACACGUGUGCUGCAACGCAUCGCGCUCAGCAACAACAGCAGUAGCAGCAACCGUGGGAGGGCGAAAAGCGGCACCGGCAGUGGUGAUGUGUUUCAGCUCAACGUGCCCGCAUUUCACUGCCAUGUCCGCUACCCUGAACUGGCCUGCCUUCUCCUUGUGGUGCGGGUGUCCCCUGCUUCCACACGAGCGACAGGGAAACCCUCACAUCAAAGCAAGCGCAAUACCGGAUCGCAGUCACAUGGGCGCCAACACCUCGGGGAUGAGCCGGAUGCAGGUACCGCACAGGCAGCAGCGGCCCAUGACGAUGUGAGCAGGUGGCCUGUGCUGGGCCAGACGGCGAUUGCCAUCACGGCGCUGACACGCGACUGCACGCGCCUGCUGCUGCGAACCGAACACGACCAGCCCCUGAAGCACUGCGCACUGACAGUGGAGGUUGGCAUCAACGAUGCUCAGCUCACCCCCAACAAGGCGGACAUCACCACCACGACAACAGCCAGCGUUGAUGUGUUCGAGCCAGUGGCUGCACGUUCGCCACACAACGCCGCCAUUCGUCGAGCAGAGGCCCUCAACCCCAGAUCGCACGCGCCACCAAAGCCGCAAGCAUCGCCACUGACACCAACAGCAGCACCAACAUCAACAGUACCACCAACAACAGCGACAGAGCCAACAGCAACAGCAACAGCGACAGCAAAAGAUGGGGCGAGGAAGACGCCUGCGCUGGUGCUUCGACCAUCUGUUGCGCGUUUGCUCACUCCUCCAUCCUCGCCAGCACAAACGAAGAAGUACACAGCAGCGACCACAGCGGCUACAGGAGGCAUGGAGACAACUGCACUCACAACAGCAUCAACAGCCUCAACAAAAGCCCCAGAGUUUUCACUGUUGGCAGAGCUGAAGCUUGAAACAGGCGGGGCCACCGUGAACCCUUUGGCUGAUGCAUUCUCGCUGGCGCCAGCCAACACCAACAAUUUUGCACACUCCACCCACAGCACCGGCAACAGCACCAGCAGCAGCAGCAACGCUCACGGCAGUGGCAUUGUUGGAUGUGAAGGCAGCUCUGGUGAUGAUCUCGAAGACGACGAUGAUUCCUGCGAUGAGAUUGGGGACGAGCAAGUGCAACCACUGGUGCCCCCUGCGAGAAAUAGCGGAGCAAACACCCCAGCCACAGUCAAUACGAGUGGUGGUCUCGGUUACUCUCUGCCUCCAUCACACCAGCAAUACGUGGGCGCAUCCAACUCACGGCCUAGCAUGUACAACCCUUCCAGUGCCGUGGCUGUUGCCGAUGCACAAUCAGCAACGCUGUCGUCACCAUCGUCAUCCUCAGAUGAGCCAUCUGCUUUCUUGACCACGUCAACCUCCAUUUCUCUCAAGAGUUCUCUCUCGCAAUCUGUUUCCUCGCACACUCAGCUCAAGCUAUCCUCGUGACUCUGCAUGCAUGUUUUGAGUGUUUGUUCGUGUUUUGUCCAUCAUGUGUGCGCACACAUACACGCGCGCCUGCAGUUGUUCGUUCGUUUGUUUGUGUUGCAUUUGUUUGUGGCUUGGGGUUGGACUGUGGAUGUGCUUUGAAUACAUUUUGGCAGUUGUACAUGAACAGACCCACCCGCGCCUCCUUUGCCCCAUGCUUGCAUUGCAGAAGAAGACAAAUUCACACGCAUGUUGCCAGCACUCUGCUGUCACGCCCUUGCUCAUUCACAGAAGUCUAUUAGCUUGACGGCACGAGACAACACACACACACACGUGAUCAAGUUCAAGAAGCAAAGACGCAAAGC